CAGCCGCCGCCGCCCGAGCAGAGAAGCCGCCCUCGCCGCCGACUUCGCCGCCACCGCGCGCUCUCCGACUCCGUCUCCGUCUGCGGCCGCCGCCAGACAAAAUGGUGAGAGUUAGUGUACUGAACGAUGCCCUGAAAACCAUGUACAACGCUGAGAAGCGUGGUAAGCGGCAAGUUUUGAUCCGUCCCUCCUCUAAGGUGAUUAUCAAAUUUCUCAUCGUCAUGCAGAAGCAUGGCUACAUAGGUGAGUUUGAAUUUGUUGAUGACCACCGGUCAGGCAAGAUAGUGGUUGAGCUAAAUGGACGGCUCAACAAGUGUGGCGUGAUCAGCCCACGCUUUGACGUGGGUGUCAAAGAAAUUGAGUCCUGGACUGCAAGGCUCCUUCCCUCCCGUCAGUUUGGUUAUAUAGUACUUACCACCUCUGCUGGCAUCAUGGAUCAUGAAGAAGCGAGGCGGAAGAACGUCGGUGGCAAGGUUCUUGGUUUUUUCUAUUAGAGACUCCUAUCAGUUAGCCUUUAAAUCUUUAAAUUUGUAAUGGGAGUCUGAAUCAUUGUCACUUCGUUGUGUGAUGCUCCGAAUCUUUGCAUGAUGCGUGCCUUUUUGAUACUAAUAAUCUUUUACCGCAAGAUACUGAAA